UGUGUUGUCAUCGCGCCGCCGAAACCACUGACAGAACGCGACUGUCUACACACCGAGAAGUAAGCACACUGCGUUAUUGCACUGCAAACAAGCACGGUCGAACUUACGUCACGUCAUGAAGUUGUUUACUUCGUUCGUGCUGUCGAUCGCGGUGGCGGUUGCAGUCACGCAUAUGGCGUACGGAUCACCCGCCCCCGGUAAAGCGGACGCGGCCAAAAUCCAAAAAAACAUGGCCAAAAAUAAAGCCAAGAAGACGCAGGAAGUACUCCAGUUCGGUAACCAGCAGAACAGACAGGCGGACAACAGAAACUACGCUAGAGCCGAAAAGAGACAGGCACCUGAUGAUCACCACGACCCAGAACCAGUGCCCGAAGUGAACAACGCCCUUGAACACUAUCCCCAAGCAGCUAGACACGAAAAGAUCGCCGACCUCUUUUACAACCCAGAUUCCUAUGGACUUCAAUCGUUAGACGCUGAUGACCGUUAUAAAAGGAACGCUUACCAUUUCGGCACCCCGGUUAAGAGAAGUGGUUCUAGAGCAUACGGUUCGUAUUUGGACAGCGGACGUGCCAAACGCGACUUGCCUUUUGAUCCUGAAGAAUUGCUGGCGUUAAUGUCCAUCCUGGAAGCAAAUAAGGCUCGAGACAAACCCAGACAUGCCGUACCAAGUUAUGUUCAAAAUUAUGGUCAAAAUUAUGGACACGAAUCAAUUCCAUACGAAGAAAAUGAAAUACCAGAAGAAGAUGACGAAGAUGAUAUCCAAGAAGUCUGGGAGGAGCGCCCUGUUGUACUUGCCCCGUCGCCGAAAGAUUUCUACAUAAAUAACGAGUUUCAGCGCAAGCAGAGAUCUCAACACGGAUCCAAAAAUAAUUAUUUUCAGGGUCUAAACCACUAUCAAGAGGAACCGCAGUACUAUAGAUUGUCAGAUUUCUACCGCUAUUACAACUACUAAACACAAUAAUAUAUAUAUUAUAACAAUAAUAAUUAUAAUAUACGAGUACGGCGAUGCUGUUUCACUCAUCUAGUGGCAUUUAUAUACUUUACCAUCAUCUUUAAUUUAUAAUAAACUUAACGUUAAUAUAAUA